AUCAUUUAUCUGUAGAGUCACUUUUUCGAACAGAGCUUAGUGCGCUCGCAGUGCCCUCCGUUGCUGGCGGGAAAUGUUGGAGGUUUCCACUGUCACGUGCGACUUCUGGUGGGGGAUGCCUUUCUGCGUGUGUGGUGUGGUUUGCAGCUGCCGCUGAGAAACCCCAGCUUCUCGACGCGUGGACACUAACCCCGUCAGGGUUUCAUCCAUCUUCCUUCGAAAGAUCCGCUGACGGUUACCCGUUUCUGCAGAGAUGGAUGUUCGGUAUCAGACACGCGGAGCGGUUGCCGCGGUGUACGUUCUCUUCCGCACUGUAGUAGGCGCAGUACUCGGACUCCAUUGUCUGAAGAUUGUUUCGGCAGAGGUCGGUCUUACGCAUGGGAUCAUGUCUACCGAAUUUGAGGUAGAGCUUAGAGGCCACAACUGGGUCAUCGACUCGGGUGCCUGCCUGUUGGGGCAGCCGAGGAAUCUUGUCGUGGAUCCCGUUCUCGACAGCGAGUUCAUGACGCCACAGAAGCUGCUCACAGACCGGACGGGCCCGGAGCUCUGCAGCUGGCUGGAGAAAAUCCAUCGGCAGCACAUGGAACAGAAGCCAGCGUGGUUGGCAGCGUACCAAAAGUUCGAGAAACGCUUCUUUCUUCUCCGCCUUCUGGGAAUGGUGGGGAAGCCCAUCACGUUUUUCCCCGAGUUCACAGUGAGGAUAAUCGUGAAACACUUCAGUUUGUGGGGGGACGAUAGAUGGGGGAAUGCGCAGCCUUGGAUUGCCGCGACAUUCGAGUACGCUCAUCCUGAAGGCGCCGGAGGCGAGCUCUUUCUCCACAUAGAAAAGGUUUUCUCGAUGGAGUUUAGCGGCCGGGUGGCGAAGCUUGUGCACAUCCUCUUGAAUCCGUCGGCGACCUUCAACCAAUACGUGGAACUCCAUAGAAGAAAAAGCAGUGGGGUUCCCGGGGACUCCGGUGUCUCAGGGAUACGUCGGACGCUCUACGAGAGGGACUUGAAUAUUAGCCACUUUCCGACCGCAGACACCAGUCAGAUCAGUCACAGCUUGGCCCCCGAUAUACUCACGCUGAGAUUUGCCAAACAGGACUUCUGGAUGGAAGACGGCAGCUGCUACAUUCUCUCGAGAUUCGUUGCAACGUCUUCGAUACGAGGGAAGACUCUGUGCAAGAUUGUCUCUGACUAUGGUCACAGAGAAUCGUGGAUGCCUUUCGUGGGGAGCAGGAAAAAAACGGUUGCUCUGGCUGUGACAGCUGCCGAUUUUUUCAAUACUCGGCGGCCCUCUUUGGUAGCACAUAUCAAGGAAGGAGUGAAGCUGGAAGCGCUCGACAAAACUCCUGUCGUGCUGGAGCUUGUCACAGAUCCUGUAAUACUGCGCUCCUACGUUGAAGCUGCUAGGAAAGCAUAAGGAGGCGCCUAGGGGUUGAACUUGUUUGACAGCUGUGGCGAGCCAAACUCACUUUAGUUCACCGGAGGUUUUCAACGACAGAGGCAGAGAGUGAGUAGGAGAAUAAUUGAGCAACUGGACCAGUGCGCGCUUGCUUUUCGUCCAUUUGCAGGACGUGUCGCGCGUUUUCUAGGGUGCGGGAUAACUAAGGAGAUGUCAGUCCCUUCUGCAACGUCAGUGAGGUUUUAUGGUAAGGAAUGAACUCGAGCAAACUCGAUUCAGGUCUCCCGCAUUUGUUGUCACAAUGGCUGCCAAUAAUCCAGGCCGUUUGUCAUGUUACUCCAUUCCAGAGGACAGCAGGAAACACAGAUUUGUGUGUACAGGCAAUAGAUGGGGAUUGCCACCUUUCGGCGCAUGGUAUUUUCACGUGUCCGGCAUAAGCCAAUCUUGCUGGCGUGUGCAUCGUGGCGUUAGAACGGAUGGCCGAACAUGUCUUUUGCAGGGAUCCUCUCUUAGUCAAUAACGUGGAAAGAACGCAUUUGUCUUUCCGCUACAGAUUCCAUCUCAUCUGACUUCCGACAAUUCUCUUUUUUUCGUCGUGGAAGCAGGGCCUGAGGAGCCGGGCGUGCCGCGAUUCGCUACCCCAGUGGCUGUCGAACAUGUGCCUUCAAGGGAGGGGCACUCCCUCCUUCAACUCAAGAUAAAACCAAGAGACUGUGACACAGAAACUUUCGUCCCCCCAAGUGUCGAUCACAGUAAGGUUACAUUUGAAGCAGAAUGCUUUCCGAAGGCUGCAUAAAAUCUUGCCGGUAAAGGAGUCGACAGCACUGUCAGGGGAAGCAGAGCUUUAGCGUUGUCUUCCGGAUUAGUAAUCGGCACUCCAGCAGAGAAAGCACGUCAUGGCACCCACCUGGUGAAACGUGCUCACCAGUGGGACUUAUCGUGACGCCCUGUCGACGGCCCCAACUCAGAUGUGGAAACUCUGUUCAUCUGCGGCAAUUUUCUUCUCGCCAACUGACCCUAAAACCCUCACUGUCCCGGCCUCGAUCAUGAGUAUCUCUAGAUUCUAGAUAAAUUGGUUUUGUCGCAACAAUCAAUCUCACCACAGGUUUUUGUCCAUCAAAAACGAAGGAAAUCCUUGGUGAGUAGUAAUCGUAAACAUGGUACCUAGGCUGUUCUGAAUAUGACUCCACUUCACAAACAAGUGCAAUUGCUGACGUUAUAGUGCGAAUUCUACUCUUAAUUUGACUCCCGUGAUGAGAUCCAAGAAACCAAGUUCUUUAUGGUUGCUGAAGCCCAUCCGCGACGU